UCAUUCAUGGUAUCAGACGGGAUGAAUCCGUUCGCUCCUGGUUCUCCUUCGUUGCCUUCCGCUGCCUCUGCGAUGGCCUCCACCGACCGCUCCGUCCACGGCUCGGUCGCGGACUCCUCCUUCAUUAUGGAGAUUGGUAAUCGGAGCCCUUCUCGACAGGCUCCACCGCCCCAUCAACACCUCCAGCGUCAUCUCUUCCUCUGCGAUCCAGAUGCUGAACAUCCGAACGUACGUUCCUGUUGUCCUCGACCUCGAGGACUCGAGCUACACCCAGUGGAGCUGCUUCUUCGAGAUGCGGACUGAGUUGCAAUCGACGCCUGCAACGUCAACUGCCUCUACGCCACCAUCAGCUAGCGCCUCCUCGACAUCGUCAUGGCGCCGACCCACACUGCAUCUGAAGCCUGGCACACCAUCAAGGAUGAGUACCACAACAACGCCCUCACUCGUGCUGCCUACCUCGAGGUGGAAUUCCACACCCUGCAGCAAAGCGACCAGUCCAUCACCCAGUAUUGCAGCCGCCUCAAGAUCCUCGCCGACAACUUGCGUGACAUCGGCAAGACCAUCAGUGAGGUCGAUCGGGUCCUCAACAUGAUUUGUGGCGUCAACCCCAACUUCAGCACCUCGAUCCCCUCCAUCACCAGCGGCAAGAUCGCACCCACCUUCGCCGACACGCGCUCCUUCCUCCUAGAAGAACAUCGUCUGGAGAUGGAGGCUCGCAUGGUCGCUGCCCACACCAUGUUCGCUGUGAACUCCAUGGGUGUCGCCGGUGUUGCCGCCGGAAACUCCGGAUCCGACUCCAACUCCACACCGGCGGCUCCUGCCCGAAGUAGCCAAAGAAGAAGAAGGCCGGUGGCUCACCGGCGCCCUUCGCUGGCAGCGGGUCCUCCUCCGCUCCGCUCCAGCCGCCUGUGGGCGUCAAUCCCUGGACCGGGAUGUUCCAGGCCUGGCCCAGCAAUUGGCGCCGCUCUUGCCCCGGCCUGCUGGGCCCCGGCCCAAAGUCAACGCCCAGCAGGCCUACGCGGCCCAUGGUUCAAACUUGAAUCCGGGCGCGCUGCCCGCUUCGUCAGCCGCGGCAAACCCAUGGGAUCAGGGCAUCCUACUCGCCGCACUGAACAAUGCUGCCACUGCUUCCACCGGCGGCACCUCCGACUGGUUCUUCAACACCGGCGCUUCUUCACAUAUGACCAACUCCUCUGGAUCUACACAGCAAGGCGGUGAUUCUCCGAUGUGACGGCACUAGCGACCUCUACCCGCUUUGCUUGCCUCCACAAAAUAAUCUCAUCACCGGCACCGUCUCUGUUGAUCUGUGGCAUCGACGCCUCGGCCAUCCAGGUCACGCCGUGCUUAGUUCUGUCUUAUCAAAUUUCCCUUUCACAUGUAAUAAGUCUGCUUCUCACAUUUGUCAUGCUUGUCAAUUGGGAAAGCACACUCAUUUACCUUUCCAUGUCACUAGCUAUGUUACACAUUUCCCAUUCGAAUUGUUGCAUGCUGAUGUUUGGACAUCGCCCGUAGCUAGUAAUUAAGGUUAUACAUAUUAUUUGGU